AUGGACUUGAACAGCCUUAAAAGCAUGGCAACCCGUGCUGGCAACACAUUGUACUUUGCCGGUGCAGCAGCCGCUGAGAUUGGCAAGGAGAAAGGUUCACAGGCCCUUGCUGCUGCGUCGGGGGCAGCCGCUAUCGGUCGUGACAAGGUCAUGAGCUCAACAACAUUUCAAAGCGCCACAGUCGCUGCCACUGUAGGACGUGAGAAGGUCAAGACAUCACAGGCGUUCCAAGUGGCGUCAUCAGCUGCCGUUGUUGGCAAGGAGAAGGCCACUGUAGCUGCCUCCACUGCUGCAA